AGAUGAACACUUAAGUUAUAUUUAUAAUACAAAAAAUCUUUUAUUUGAAAAUUCAUAUAUCUGGUUAAUUGCUGAUGCUAAAGAAACAAAUGAUAGAACAAAAGAAUCAGAAUAUGCUAAAAAAUUUUAUGAAGAUUCUAUUGGUACUUCAGUAUUUGGAUUAGCAGCAUACACGUAUGGUAAAGUUUUAAUCGAAGAUGAAGACAUGAGAGAUGAAGCAAAAAAAAAGUUUGAAACAUCGUUUUUCCAAGGCGGAUAUAUCGAAGCUUCCAAAAAACUCAAAGAAUAUUUUAAUGAUGAUAUCAACAUUUUUUAUAAAGAAAAAUAUGAUAAAAAAGAUAUUGAAGGAAUUGAAUGUUUUUAUUAUGCUUCCGUAUUACUUUCUGAAUCAAAUAUUAGUAAAAAUAAUGCAGAUUAUAUUAUGGAUAUUUUAUUCUUUGGAUUGAGUAAAGAAGAUAAUAAUUGUCUUUCUUUAUUAUAUACCAUGUUAAAAGAAAACAUGGGUACAAAACAUAAAGAAAAGAAAGAAUCUGUUAAAGAAUUAUAUAAUUUGAAAUUUUCAAAUUAUGGAAUUAAAUAUGAAUCUAUAAAUAAAAAACUAUUGAAAAAAAUUGAAGUUGAGAAAAAAUUUAAUCCCGAAGAUAAAAUGAAAAGUAAAGAUUUAUCUCAACUUAAUGUGAUUUAUAAAAAUAACAAAGCAUCAAAGAGCAAUUCAUCUAUUAUCGAUGUUGGUGAUGAUGAUUAUCAAAUUACUGGUUACCAAAUUUAA